GACGUUAGUCUUAUCGCGGUCGAUUAUUGAAUUUACGAAAUUACGCUUUACAAAUUAUAAGCAAACAUGAGCGACUUGCUUGACGACGAUCUGGAGUUCCGCGGCGGUACGCUGCAGUUGUCUUCGGAGAAUAACACUGAAGAGCAAGGUGGUAGUAGUAAUACACUGGGUGUUAACACAAGUAAGCCCUCAGUUUUGUCUGGUGCGGACUCUUUGCCGUCGAAUUCAUCUACAUCGUCCCUUGCCGAAGGAAGACCACAAGAAGCCAACGCCUCAGCAGCGCCACCAGAACAACAAACUGUGUACCCCCGCUACGAUGUACCGUUCAACCGGGAGAACAUUCAGGAUUUCUUCACAUUCCGGAAGGGGGUUGUUGAGAACGCCAUACAGGAGUGUAUCACGGUGCUUCUGUUCCCCGAGGAUGGGGAGUACCUUGGUUCAUGGUUAUUGACAGAAAUAACCCUAUGGGACAACGAGAAGGAGCGGAUAGUCCUGCUGACGUCCCGGCUGGUGAUGACCAUAAAGUACGACUUCAUCGCCAUGAAGCAGCUGGACUUCAAGAAGACGUACCUCGACGAUCUCGACACCAUCGUCAUUGGGGAGCUGGUGUACCCGCCCUCCUCUUUAGUUCCUCGGUUAAACGGCAUAGCGACGGGCGUGACCACGGUGGUGAAAGACGUCGUCAUAGACCGCCUGUGCCGGCGGCCGAGCGACGAUGGGGACGCCAAACUCUUCGAUUACAAGUAUUUUGAACCUAGAGAACGCAACCUACGCGGAGUCCGACUGAUGUGGAAUAAAGGGGAGCCCCUUCCGCUGAAAAUGGCGUGGAACCCUUUUAGUCAGGACGUCCCAUUUAUUACCUUCGCGUCUCAUCCGAUUUAUUGGCAUAAAGAUGACGAAGUCGAAGAGCGUUCCACAUACGACAUGGAAAUCUUCGCUCAGAAGUUACAGAGGGCCGUCGAAGCCAUGGCCUCAUCCUCAUGCUGUAUACACCACGCGCCCAUAGUCAUACAGAGUUACGUAGGUGUGACGUCAAUGUUACAUAAUAAGACUAGCAUGGGCUUCUUCAAGGUCAGAGGGAAGUUUAGUUUCUAAUUACCAUAGAAACAGAGAUUGGUUCUAAAA